GACUACGACGUCGGCAAGUUGCUCGGCCGGGGGAGCUACGGAUCCGUGCGCGAGUGCACCCUGCGCGUCAUUCCGUCCAAAGCCACCGUGGAGCACCUCAAACCGAGGGCGGUCAAAUCCAUCGCGAGCAACGGGAGCCGGUACAGCGCCGCGCUCAUCCGCGACGAGGUGGACACGAUGCUGGCCGUGUCUGGAAGGCACCCGAACCUACCCACCGUGUACGACGUGUACGAGAAGAGGCACAAGGGCGUCGCCCCCGGCAGCACCGUGCACGUCGUCAACAUCGUCACCGAGCAGUACGCGGGCGGGGACCUGCUCGAGGGCAUCGCCCGGCGGAAGCGGUUCACGGUUUCUGAUUUCGAAGCAAUCGCGCUGCAACUCCUCGGCGCGACGUCGUUUUUGCACAACGUCGGCGUCGUUCACCGCGACAUAAAGCCCGAUAACAUCAUGCUGAGGAGGCGUUGGUACGAGGACGUCCCGCCGCAGAUCGUGCUCCUGGAUUUCGGCGGCGCGGCGUUCGCCCGGGGCGCGAACAAGACGAAGCUUCGGGGUAACGUCGGGACGAAAUUUUAUUCCGCUCCCGAGGUUGUCUCCGGCAAGGAGUACGGCGCCAAGGCGGACGUCUGGUCCGUCGGGGUCACCCUCAUGGUCCUCCUCGCGGGCGUGCCCCCG